AUUCUCAAAAAGUUCUCAAAUAUGCGCUACAAAACCAUGUGCUUAAAAAAUUUGACACAAAAACAUAACCUUAAAUGCGAAUUCGUUUUGCUGUGGUGUUGAUAUUUUAUGUUUUGAAAACAAUUUAAAAUAAAAUAAAAUGGGAAAAAAGGGCUUUAAUUGGAAAUCUCGACAAGUGGUUGAUACUAUCAUCGAUAAUACAAAAACAAAACAAAUUCAAUUAGACGAUUCGUUCAAGAAUAGCAGUUAUGAUUCAUGUAAUACUUUAGUUUUGCCCUCGAAGAAGCGUAAAACUAAAAUAAAACAACAAGCAGUUAUUCAAACUAAAUUAUUGUCGAAAUCAAAACGAAAAGUAUUAGAGAAGAUUGUAGAACGUAAGAAGAAAAAGGAAAAGCGUGGGUCUUUACUAGAAGCCUUAAAGCAAGUUCAAGUUAGUGAAGAGGAAUUAAAACAAUUUACACCAAUCGCUGCAAUCCAGACAAAAGGACUUCGAAAUUUUAAACAGCAAUUGAACUUACAAAGUAAUUUUAAUAAAUUUGAUGAUGAACCUGUUAAAGAAGUUAAAUUAAAUGGAAUUAAAGGAAGUUUUAAACGGAAAUUGCAAUCGGAAGUUGAUGAAACUAAUAAAAAGAAGAAAAUUAGUGACCUAAAUGUUGUAGGUUUUGACUCCGAAUCAGAAAACAGUGAAGAUUCUAGCGAUUCAGAUGGUGAAUUAAGUGAAAUAGACAAUGACAAAGCUGAAGUAUCAGUACCUGAACCCGAAAUUAAGUCUGAGGAAGAUGACAAUGAAGAUAAAAAUUCUAAGGUAUCAGAAAUACCACAGAAAAAUGAAAAAAGGUCUAAAGAACAAAUCACUCAUAAAACUUCAGAAGAAGGGAAACUGCAAGAAAAUUCAAAAGAAAACCCAAGUCCUAAAAUUAAAAUUGAAUCUAAACCUGCUACAUUUGUGAGUGUUAAUAGAAAACCAGAAAUUCAAGCCGCCCGAUUAAAGUUACCUAUUUUAGCUGAAGAACAAGUUGUUAUGGAAAAAAUCAAUGAAAAUCAAAUCAUUAUUAUAGCUGGAGAAACCGGUAGUGGAAAAACAACUCAAGUUCCACAAUUUUUGUAUGAAGCCGGUUAUGCUAAAGAAAAAAUGAUUGGUAUAACAGAACCAAGACGUGUUGCAGCCAUUUCCAUGUCGAAACGUGUUUGCGAAGAAAUGAAUUUAACAUCAGAAGAAGUUUCAUAUUUAAUUCGAUUUGAGGGUAAUGUUACACCAAAAACAAAAAUUAAAUUUAUGACCGAUGGUGUUUUAUUAAAAGAAAUUGAAAGUGAUUUUAUUUUAAGUAAAUAUUCAGUCAUUAUUUUAGACGAAGCUCACGAGAGAAGUGUUUACACUGACAUAUUAAUUGGUUUACUAUCGAGAAUUGUCCCCUUACGAUAUAAACGUGGAAACCCCUUAAAGUUAAUAGUUAUGUCUGCUACAUUACGAAUUGAAGACUUUACGGAAAAUCCAAGGUUAUUCAAGCAAACUCCACCAGUUUUAAAGAUAGAUUCUCGUCAGUUUCCUGUUACAAUUCAUUUUAAUAAACGUACAAAUGAAAAUUAUUUACUUGAAGCUUAUAAAAAAGCUGUUAAAAUCCAUAAUCAAUUACCAGCAGGAGGUAUUUUAAUUUUCCUUACUGGACAAAGAGAAGUAAAUUGGUUAGUUAGAAAAUUACGCAAAACUUUCCCUUAUAGAUUGAAAAAAUCGAAAGAAUCCGAAAACGAUCAAGAAAAAGAAGAAGUGUCAGAUAAUGAUUCGGAUGAUGAUUUUUGUUCGAGAAAGUUGAAGAAAAAACGUACGAAAAAACAAAUUAAACUUCCAGAAAUCAAUUUAGAUGAUUAUAGUUUACCUGCGGAUACCGAAGAUGUUGAUUCUGCUGAUGGAACUGAUAUUGAAAGUGAAGAUGAAUUGGAAGACGAAAUUGUGACGAAAAACACUUCACAACCAUUAUGGGCACUACCAUUGUAUUCGUUAUUACCAUCGUAUAAACAGGCCAAGGUGUUUGAGGCUCCACCGGAAGGUACUCGAUUAUGUGUAGUUUCAACGAAUGUAGCAGAAACAUCUUUAACAAUUCCGAACAUCAAAUACGUUAUUGAUACAGGGAAAGCGAAAGUUAGAUUAUAUGAUAAAUUAACAGGAGUGAGUACACAUCAGGUCACAUGGGCAAGUCAAGCAGCUGCAAACCAACGAGCUGGACGUGCUGGACGUACGGCACCAGGUCAUUGUUACAGAUUAUAUUCAAGUGCAGUGUUUAAUGACACCUUCAAAGAAUUUUCUGAACCAGAAAUUCAACAAAAACCAGUUGACGAUUUGUAUUUACAAAUGAAAUGUAUGAACAUAGAUAAAAUUGUCAAUUUUCCAUUCCCGUCAGCUCCUGAUUUGAUUCAAUUAAAGUCAGCGGAAAAACGAUUGAUACAGAUUGGAGCAUUGCAACCAAAUGAACAAGAUACCAACAAACCUUCGACUGUAACGCCAUUAGGACGAGCCAUUAGUAAGUUUCCUGUAUUACCUCGUUUUGGAAAAAUGUUGGCUUUAAGUCAUCAACAGAAUUUAUUGCCUUUUACAAUAUGUAUGGUAGCUGCACUUUCAGUACCCGAAGUACUAUUAGAGGUACCAAUAUUCCACACUGAUGAAAUGUCUGCAAAAAAUAUCCGACAAAAAUGGCAACAAACUAGACGAGCAUGGGCUGGUGUAGGCAAUUCGUUAUUAUUAGGAGAUCCAAUGGUUUUGUUACGAGCUGUUGGGGCUGCAGAAUAUGCAAAUUCACAAGGUUCCUUGGAGAAAUUUUGUAAUGAUAAUGGUCUACGACAUAAAGCUGUUGUUGAAAUUCGAAAAUUACGAGUACAAUUAACUAAUGAAAUUAAAGCUAAUAUGCCGGAAUUAGAUUUAAUAGUUGAUCCAAAAAUGGCACCUCCAACAGAUAUUCAAGCCAAAUUAUUACGCCAAAUUUUAUUAAGUGGAAUGUCGGAUCAAGUGGCUAAGAAGUUAGAUGUAACUGAAGUGAAAGAGAUUGUCGAUAAAGCGAAGUUCAAAUACGCUUAUCAAGCUCCUGAAUUAGAAGAACCUAUUUUUAUGCAUUCUAGUUCAGUCUUACGAAAAACUGCCCCCGAAUGGGUUGUCUAUCAAGAAAUUUAUGAAAAUAAUAAAAUGUUUAUGCGAGGAGUUACCGCCAUCGAACCUGAAUGGUUGCCAACAUACGCUUCGGCUGUUUGUAACUUAGGUGAACCUUUAAAAGAUCCUGAACCCAGAUAUGAACCCAAAAAUGGUAAAAUGUAUUGCUCUGUUACUGGUAGUUUUGGUAACCAAAAUUGGUUAUUACCACAAGUGGAAAUACCAUUUCCUGAAAGUUAUGCAAAAUAUAAGUGGUUUGCAAAAUGUAUACUCGAGGGUCAAGUGUUCAAGAAAUUAGAACGGUUUAAGAAAUCAUUAUUGAAUGCUCCUAGUACAAUGGUGAAAACAUGGGCAAAUUUACAACCGCGUACUAAUGUUCUUUUGAAAACAUUAAUGUCAAGGAAAGCAGGUUCCAGAGAGCAGUUAAAAGCAAUUUGGAAAACUGAACCUGAUUUUUUAUUGGAUGCGUAUCAAAAAUGGUUGCCAGAAUCUGCUCAUAAUGAAAUUGCAUUAAUAUGGCCUCCACUAGAUUAGAUUUGUUUGUAAAUAGCUGU